AUGUCUUCCGGUUUCCCCCGAACCCCUUUUGCCGGUCAUCACUGCCAAUGGCGACCAGACCAAGGACGACCACGGCCCCAAAAGAGAACGUUGAACCGAACUGGAAUUAAAGUUAUGAUUGUAUCGGUCACCGAAGAUACCAUUUUGGCGGUACAGGUCUUUGACCAGAAGAAGUUUAAGAAGAAGGACCAGGGCUUCUUGGGCGUCAUCAAUGUUCGCAUCGGCAACGUCAUCGAGCUCGCCCCUGAUGCAGACGACCAGAUGCUCACCCGUGACCUCAAAAAGUCGACCGACAACUUGGUCGUCCACGGAAAGCUCAUUAUCAACCUAUCCACAAACCUGGCAACCCCCGCUCGCGGCCAGACCGCUGCGCCAAACCGCCCCGGUCCGCCUCCCUCUGCGAAUGCAUCGAGCCUGUCCACCCCGCAAACCGACAACAGACCGGGCUCGGCCAUGGAGAACCCCUCGAGCACUCUGGCGCCCGGAUCUGCCACCAACCUGCCUCUACGACCCGCCAGCGUGACACCAGGCGGUCCUCCACCUCCCGCUGCUGGCGCAGCCCCGGCUACCGGUUCGACUCCUCGACCCACAAGCCAAUUGAGCCCCUUUGAGGAUGGACAAGGGCGGCUGCCAGCAGGCUGGGAGCGCCGGGAAGACAACCUGGGACGGACGUAUUACGUUGACCACAACACGAGGACGACCAACUGGAACCGUCCCACGGCUGCCGGUGCUGCCGAGCAACAAAACAACCGUGAGGCGGCUACGCAGGUCGAACGCCAGCGUCAUCAGAACCGAACUCUACCCGAAGACCGCACCGGGGCCAACUCGCCGACGCAGCAGCAGCAGCAGCAGCAGGUUCAGCAGGCCGCACAAGCUUCAAACAACCAGACCAUGAUGCACACCGGUGCCACCAGCCCGGGAACCGGUGAGCUUCCUCCCGGAUGGGAACAGAGGUGGACGCCUGAAGGUCGCCCCUACUUUGUCGACCACAACACAAGGACGACCACCUGGGUCGACCCGCGACGCCAGCAGUACAUCAGGAUGUACGGCGGACAGAACAACCAGAAUGGCACCAUUCAGCAGCAACCCGUGUCGCAACUUGGCCCUCUUCCUAGCGGCUGGGAGAUGCGUCUGACGAACACGGCGAGGGUGUACUUUGUCGACCAUAACACCAAGACGACGACGUGGGACGAUCCUCGCCUCCCUUCAUCGCUCGACCAAAAUGUACCGCAGUACAAGCGUGACUUCCGCAGGAAGCUUAUCUACUUCCGUUCGCAGCCUGCGAUGCGCAUCCUCUCCGGGCAGUGCCACAUCAAGGUGCGGCGCUCGCACAUUUUUGAAGACUCGUUUGCCGAGAUAUCAAGGCAGUCGGCGACGGAUCUGAAGAAGAGGCUGAUGAUCAAGUUCGAUGGAGAGGACGGUCUUGAUUACGGCGGUCUUUCUCGUGAAUUUUUCUUCCUCCUGUCCCACGAAAUGUUCAACCCCUUCUACUGUCUUUUCGAAUACUCAGCGCACGACAACUAUACCCUUCAGAUCAACCCUCACUCUGGCAUCAACCCCGAGCAUCUCAAUUACUUCAAGUUCAUCGGACGCGUUGUUGGUCUGGCCAUCUUCCACCGACGCUUCCUCGACGCCUUCUUCAUCGGCGCCCUAUACAAGAUGAUCCUCGGCAAGUCCGUCGUGCUUGCGGAUAUGGAGGGCGUCGACGCCGACUUCCACAGGUCGCUGCAGUGGAUGCUGGACAACGAUAUCUCGGGCGGUAUCCUCGAGCAGACGUUUUCUACGGAAGACGAGCGCUUUGGAGUGAUUUGCGUCGAAGACUUGAAGCCCGAUGGCCGCAACAUCGAUGUGGACAACGACAACAAGAAGGAGUAUGUCGAUUUGAUGGUCAAAUGGAGAAUUGAGAAGCGCAUCGCCGAGCAAUUCCAGGCUUUCCAGACUGGCUUCCACGAACUCAUUCCCCAGGACCUCAUCAACGUUUUUGACGAACGCGAGCUCGAGUUGCUUAUUGGUGGUAUCGCUGAAAUUGACGUUGACGACUGGAAGAAGCACACUGACUAUCGCGGCUACACUGAAUCGGAUGAGGUUGUCCAGUUCUUUUGGCAGACCAUCCGCUCCUGGGACGGAGAACAAAAGUCACGUCUGCUGCAGUUUGCCACGGGUACUUCCCGAAUCCCUGUCAACGGUUUCAAGGAUCUUCAGGGCAGUGAUGGCCCCAGACGCUUCACGAUUGAGAAGGCGGGCGAAGUCAACAACCUUCCCAAAGCGCACACAUGUUUCAACCGCUUGGACCUGCCGCCGUACAAGAAUCUAGAGGCGCUGCAACAGAAGCUGACGAUUGCUGUUGAAGAGACCAUGGGCUUUGGUCAGGAGUAA